AUGGCCAGUUUCCAGAUCCACCAGGACAUGAGCAACAAGGAGAAUCCGGGCAUCAAGAUUCCGGCCGGAGUGAAGAACGCCAAGCAGCCGCUGGCCGUAAUCGGGAAGUCGGAGAAAAAUGCGCUUGCGCCGCGGGCGAAUUUCGCCGUGUUCAAUGGCAACAACAAUGUAACGCGUCCGUCCGGGAAAGUGCAAGUCUUCCGUGACGUAAGAAACCACAAUAUCGACGUUGAAAAUGUUGAGUUUGCCACCAAGAAGUCGAAUGUGGUACCGGUGGUGGAGCAGUUCAAGACCUUCUCCGUAUACGAGGAUAACUGCGACACCCAGGUGGCGCCACCUGGCAAGUCCCUGGCAUCUCUAGCCGAUAAAGAAAAUCAAUAUGCCGUCAAGUUCGAUGCGGGGCAAAAGGAGUGUGUGGAGUACGAUCUGAACACCACGCCUAUGUCCGUGACCGACGUCCUUUCGCCCAUGUCCGUGGACCGCUCCAUUCUCGGUGUCAUCCAGACAAAUGAUAGCAGUGUCAUUGGAACGGGUGCCACGCCAGGUGGACAACUCAAGGAGCUGCCGCCGCGUAACGAUCGCCAGAGGUUCUUCGAAGUGGUCCAGUACCAGAUGGACAUACUCGAAAACUUCCGGGAAAGCGAGAAGAAACAUCGCCCUAAACCACUAUAUAUGCGCAGGCAGAAGGACAUCAGUCACAAUAUGAGUAGGUAG